AAAAUAAAUCCCAGAAAAAUAAGAAAAAUAAAAAAAAGACCACUUAAUUUGUAAAUCACUUCAACACAUUCAUUUCGUUCAUCUCCCUCGGUCCCUCCCUCCCAUCUUUCUCUCUCCGGUGACAAUAUACACCGUACCAACCACUCCUCCCAACUCCAAUCACACUUCACCAUUAAUCACGCCUCACUUCACGGCACAUAUGAUUGUUCCACAUUUCUCCUCCAAAAUCCAAUUGUAAUAUUCGCACCUCACCAAAUCUCAAAUCCAUCAACCCUGGAUCCCUCACCGGACCCGCCAUCUCAGUCCCUAAAGCCUCCUCCUCCUUCCUCCACCGGCAACGGCCAGAUCCGCUACCGAUCCCCCUCCUCCGCGGAGCUCAUCGAAACCGGCGCCACCUCUCCUUCCCACUCCGCUGACCAGCUCUUGCCUGAAAAGAUGUCUAAACGACCUGGUAAUCGUCAGUACGAUUCGUUUCCGGACAAGAUCCACCGCUACCGGAGCGUUUUGCUGGUGAUAUCCGUGCCGGUCAUGUUGAUUUUGUUUGUUUUGUUUAUAAUGCCGGGACGGGCCCCGUCAUCCGAGACUGUGAUCGAGUAUGAGAUGAAUGGACGGAAGUUCCCGCCCAAUUUGAAGUUGUCUAAGAGCUACGCUGUUAUUUUUGACGCCGGUAGUUCGGGGAGUCGUGUCCACGUGUAUUGUUUUGAUCAGAACUUGGAUCUCGUGCCUAUUGGUGAAGAUCUCGAGCUUUUUGUUCAGAUUAAACCGGGGUUGAGUGCAUAUGCAAAUGAUCCACAGCUUGCUGCGAACUCCCUUACUACACUUCUUGAUAAAGCACAAAGUGUUGUACCCCAAGAUCUACGAUCAAAGACACCAGUUAGAGUUGGGGCAACAGCAGGGUUAAGGCAAUUAGAAGGUGAUGCAUCUGAUAGAAUAUUGCAAGCGGUUAGGGAUCUUCUCCAAUAUAAAAGCUCCUUCAAGGCUGAUGGUGUUACUGUUUUGGAUGGUACUCAAGAAGGCGCAUACGAGUGGGUAACAAUAAACUAUCUAUUAGGGAGAUUGGGGAAGAAAUAUUCAAAAACUGUUGGAGUAGUUGAUCUUGGAGGUGGAUCUGUACAGAUGGCGUAUGCCAUCUCAGAGGAGGAGGCUGGAACGGCUCCAAAGUUAUCAGACGGAGAGGAUUCAUAUGUAAAGGAAAUGACUCUGAUGGGAACAAAAUAUUUCCUCUAUGUUCACAGUUACUUGCACUAUGGUUUAUUAGCAGCUCGAGCAGAAAUCUUGAAGGUUACUGACGACUCUGACAACCCAUGCAUUUUGGCGGGAUAUGAUGGAUCUUAUAAAUAUGGUGGAAAGGAUUACAAAGCAUCAGCUUCUCCCUCUGGCUCAAACCUGGAGCAAUGUAGGAGUACAGCUAUUGAAGCCCUCAGUGUUAAUGAUUCAUGCACUCACAUGAAAUGCACGUUUGGUGGAAUAUGGAAUGGUGGUGGAGGUGAUGGUCAAAAGAGUCUGUUUGUUGCUUCAUUUUUCUUUGACAGGGCUGCAGAGGCUGGUUUUAUUGAUUCUAAACAAGCUGUUGCCAAAGUUCGUCCUGCUGAUUUUGAGACCGCGGCUAAGCGAGCUUGCCAAACAAGAUUAGAGGAUGCAAAAUCCGCUUUUCCACAUGUGGAGGAGGCUAACUUGCCAUACAUUUGCAUGGAUCUUGUCUACCAGCAUACUUUGCUAGUUAUUGGAUUUGGCCUUGAUCCCUGGCUAGAUAUUACCUUGGUAAAGCAAGUUGAAUAUCGAAAUGCUCGUGUCGAAGCAGCAUGGCCGCUAGGCAGUGCCAUAGAGGCUAUAUCAUCGUAGACAUGAUCGAAUCACAUCAUCAGCUUGAUUACACAUUGAACAAUUGACGCGACAUGUGGGUCUUUUGGUGCCGGCAGAGUUCAAGCUGAAAGUAUCCACGGUCAAUAACCUCAGAAUUCACUAUCAACUUGGGUGGGGGAAUCGGAUUUUGGUUUAUAUCUUGGAUCCUGGGAAUAAUGAGAGA